GCGGCGCCUGGUCACACUGCGGCCAGCCUAAUUUCAGCUGUUUCACCACAACAACACCUAGACCCUCAAGAACUUAUAGUAGCAACAACAAAAUAUCACACACGAGAUUGUAAUUAAGCUGUUAACUGUUAUUAGGGGGCUACCUGACACCCGUUCGCCAAAAACUCGCAGCAGUUCUAAUGCGCCCAACGAGCGGUAAACAGCCAGCAGCAGCAGCGGCGUUCCAAGGCAACAAAAAUAAUAGAAGACAGUGAGAAGAGAAUGCGGAGAGGCCGAGCAAACGACGAGAGAGCAAGCUAAUUGAUUCCCAGAGCCAGCGACUACUGAUAUAAUCGAUCUUGAAAUCCACACAGAAAAGAACACACAAGAGUACGCGAGAUCCGCGAUCGGAGUCGUCGUUGUCUUGGAACCGGAUUAACUGGCAUUUCCCACGGAACCUUCAUCCAUUGCGAAGUCAUGGCUGUCAACGUAAAGGCCCUGCUGGGCAUGCUGUUCGUGUUCAUCGGAUGCUGCAGCAACGUCGUGUUCCUGGAGCUAAUCAUUCAGAUCGAUCCGGGUGCAGGCAACCUCAUCACCUUCGCCCAGUUCCUGUUCAUUGCCCUGGAGGGUCUCGUCUUCACGUCCAAAUUCUUUACGGUGCGACCAAAGAUCGCUCUGAAGGACUACGUGAUCCUGGUGGCCCUGUUCUUCGGUGCGAAUGUCUGCAAUAACUAUGCCUUCAACUUCAACAUCCCGAUGCCGCUGCACAUGAUCUUCCGUAGCGGUUCGCUGAUGGCCAACAUGAUCAUGGGCAUUAUUCUGCUGAAGAAGCGUUAUAACCUGCGUCAGUACAGCUCGGUGGCAAUGAUCACGGCGGGUAUUGUGCUGUGUACCCUAGUGUCCAGCGGCGAUGUCAAGGACAACACGCACCACACGCUACGCGUGGAGAAUGCAUAUUCGGACUUCUUCUGGUGGGUGGUGGGCAUUGGCCUGCUAACGAUCGCCCUGCUGGUGACCGCCUAUAUGGGUAUUUAUCAGGAGGUGAUAUACAAGCGAUAUGGCAAGCAUCCAAACGAGGCACUGUUCUACACGCACAUGCUGCCGCUGCCCGGAUUCCUGGUGAUGGCCAGCAACAUCGUCCAACACUUUGGCAUUGCUCUGUCCUCCGAAACUGUGGCUGUUCCCCUCCUGGGUGCCAUCGGUAUCGAAUGGAAGUUCCCACUGAUGCUGUUCUACCUCCUGUGCAACGUUGUCACCCAAUAUGUGUGUAUUAGCGCUGUCUAUGUGCUGACCACUGAGUGCGCCUCGCUGACCGUCACCCUGGUGGUUACGCUACGCAAGUUCGUCUCCCUACUGUUCUCCAUCAUCUAUUUCCGGAACCCCUUCACCAUAAACCACUGGCUGGGCACCGUGCUGGUCUUCUUCGGUACCAUACUCUUUGCAAACGUGAUCAACCAGGUGCGUGACGCCUACAAGGCACGGUCGGGCGGCAAGGGUCGCUUCGACACGGCUCCGCUAACCAAGAAGGUGGAGUAAUCUCUGAUCCCUGAUGGCUGUGCUAUGCUAGAUGCGUUGGAUACUUCUGCUGCAGAGGCCAUUAACCAUUAGUUUUUAGUUUUAAGGGACUUGUUUGUACAUAAAAUAAGUUUAAAUUCAGAAUACGCUUAGUCUUAGCCUAGCUCCUAUCUGCAGUCUCAAGUCUCCUGUUUGCUAUCUCUGUGUCUUAAUAUUGUUGUAAUCCGUCGCGAAUUUGUAAUUUUUAUGACUUUUAUUUGUUGUUCAAUGAGUUUAUGUUUUAUUAAAUGUCCAAAAGUUUGUAAUAUAUACAGAGUUUGUCGAAGCUUUAACAGGGAGAGUAUACCUAGAGGAUACUCCAUUUUGUCUAUGCCAUAAAAUUUAUAUAAAUAACUAUCGAUUUUUGCUAAUAAAUUCCUCACAAACACAAACGUUA